AUCUCUCCGGAAAGAUACCGAGCUCAAGGAUCCAGGCGCCGAACGAUAGCAGGACCCUGAAGCCGGAGAAGAGGCGUUGCCAGCCGCCGUUCCAGCAGACAUGGCCGGGGCAAAACCGGGAGUACAUGCUUUGCAACUCAAACCGGUGUCUGUCCAUGAAACACUAAAACAGGGCAGCAAGUUUAUCAAAUGGGACGAGGAGCCCAGUAGCGGUCAGCCCACGUUGGUGACACUAAAAGUGGACCCAGAUGGAUUCUUCCUGUACUGGACCAUCGGGUCAGCGUCCACGAACUCGGAGGUGGAGAUUUUGGACAUUAGCCAUAUCAGGGACACUAGAACAGGGAAGUUUGCCAAGAUACCAAAGGAUCCCCGGGUAAAAGAGGUGCUGGGUAUUGGAAAAUCAGAGGGGAACGUGGAGGCCAAGCUGGUGACGGUCGUCCAUGGCAACGACCUCGUCAACGUCUCCUUCCUCAACUUCCAAGCCAUGAAUGAGGAGACGGCCAAGGUGUGGACUGAUGAGCUGUUUAAACUUGCCACAAACAUACUGUCACAAAACGCCUCUCGCAACACCUAUUUGUUCAAAGCAUACACUAAGUUAAAGCUGCAGGUGAAUCAAGAUGGUAAAAUCCCUGUCAAGAACAUUCUGAAGUUGUUCUCAGAUAAGAAGCGAGUGGAGACAGCACUGGAGCAAUGCGGCCUCGUUACAAACAGGGCGGAGGGGAUAAAGCCAGAUGAUUUUACGUGGGAGAUGUUCCAGAGUUUUCUUAGUACACUGUGUCUAAGGCCAGAGGUUGAGCGCAUCUUUGUGGAGCUUGGUUCUAAAGGGAAGCCCUUCCUGUCUCUGGAUCAGCUGAUGGACUUUAUCAAUCGUAGACAACGUGACUCUCGCCUUAAUGAGGUGCUUUACCCGCCGCUCAAACGCGAACAAGUCCGUCUACUCAUGGAAAAAUACGAGACUAAUACUAGCCAGCUUGAGAGAGACCAGAUUUCUCUGAUGAGCUUCAGUAGGUAUUUGGGAGGAGAUGAGAACUCAGUGGUUCCUCCUGAGAGACUGGACAUCAUUGAUGACAUGACGCAACCCCUCUCUCACUAUUUUAUCAACUCCUCACACAACACGUACCUCACAGUGGGGCAGCUGACCGGCCUGUCAUCAGUAGAGAUGUACAGACAGGUCCUGUUGACCGGCUGUCGCUGUAUAGAGCUGGACUGCUGGAAGGGCCGCCCUACAGACGAGGAACCUUACAUCACUCACGGCUUCACCAUGACAACUGAGAUCCCGUUUAAAGAGGUAAUAGAGGCCAUUGCUGAGAGUGCGUUUAAGACAUCUCCCUAUCCCCUAAUCCUCUCUUUUGAGAAUCAUGUGGAUUCAGCAAAACAACAAGCCAAAAUGGCAGAGUACUGCCGGACGAUUUUUGGGGACGCUCUCCUCACCGAGACGCUGGAAAAGUACCCGCUGGUCCCGGGUCAGACGUUGCCGUCUCCGCAGGAGCUGAUGGGGAAAAUCCUGAUAAAAAAUAAGAAAAAACAUCAUCACAGAGCAACUAACGGCGGGAGCGUGAGACGCAGGACGGGAGACGGCGCCGAGACUUCUGACCAGGCCUCCCCGGUCAACGAUUGUCCUUUAACUGAUCCUGAAGCUGGCCAUAUCAUGUCUAAUGGGGGAGAGAAGCUGGCCGAGAGGAUGGCCAAAGACAGCGAUAUCCGCAAAUCAAUUGAUCGGGGAGACGGUGAGAGUGAUGAAGAGGACGAAGAGGAGCCUGUGACUGACCUGAAGAAACACAACUCUGAGGAAGGCACAGCCUACAGUGAGGUCAAUGCCACAGAAGAGAUGUCUAAUCUGGUCAACUACAUUGAACCAGUCAAGUUUAAGUCCUUUGAGGUGGCCGCAAAGAGGAAAAAAUACUAUGAGAUGUCGUCCUUUGUGGAGACCAAAGGCAUGGACACUUUGAAAAGCUCCCCGAUUGAGUUUGUGGAAUACAAUAAACUGCAGCUGAGUCGUAUCUACCCUAAAGGCACACGCGUGGACUCUAGCAACUACAUGCCUCAGCUCUUCUGGAACGUCGGCUGUCAGAUGGUGGCGCUAAACUUCCAGACCCUCGAUCUGCCCAUGCAGUUGAAUAUGGGUGUGUUUGAAUACAACGGGCACAGUGGUUACCUGCUGAAGCCAGAGUUCAUGAGACGUACGGACAAGCACUUUGACCCUUUCACAGAGAACAUAGUGGACGGCAUCGUUGCCAACACCGUUAAAAUCAAGGUCAUCUCAGGACAGUUUCUGUCUGAUAAGAAGGUGGGCGUGUAUGUGGAGGUGGACAUGUUUGGACUUCCAGCUGACACUAAAAGGAAAUACAGAACCAAAACGUCCAAUAAUAACUCUCUGGACCCGGUCUGGGACGAAGAACCUUUUGUUUUUAACAAGGUGGUCUUGCCCACACUGGCAUCCCUGAGGGUGGCUGUGUUUGAGGACGGUGGGAAAUUUCUCGGUCAUCGUAUCCUUCCCGUGCUGGCCCUGCGCCCAGGUUACCACUACAUUAACUUGAAGAAUGAGCUGAACCAGCCUCUCAUUAUGUCGUCUCUGCUGGUGUACACCGAGGUUCAGGACUACAUCCCCAACGAACACCAGGAGUACGCUGAGGCUUUGACAAACCCUAUCAAACAUGUGUCUCUGCUGGACCAGAGAGAGAGACAGCUAGCCGCACUGAUGGAGGAUGCCGGAGAGCGUACAGUCAGGCAGCAGGAGGCUGAGCCCUCAGAACCCGGCAUGACCUCUGUUGACAUUCCGUGCCCUUUGCCCUCUCCGCCACUACCUCAGCUAGUCAGUGAUAUCAUCAACCCGUCAUCAAUAAGUACAGGCCAAAAAGAAGAUCUUAUCGCCACUGUAUUAGCAGAGAUUUUGCCUCAGUCUAUAGAGGAACUCAAACAGCAGAAGACUUACAUAAAACUGCUGAAAAAACAGUGUAAAGAAUUGAAAGAGCUGAAAAAGAAGCAUCUGAAAAAGCUCUUGGCAGUCAGUAAGGAGCAGAAGAGUCAGUCCAGUCGGAUCAGCUCAGACAUCCAGAGACGACGGUGCCAAGCAGAAAAACGCCUGCGCCUCAGCCUGAAGAAAAAUGAGCCUGACGAGCCACUGAAAACAGAGCUGUCUGAGUUGGAUCUGGAGCUGGAGAAACAGACAGACCAGCUGAAAGAAUGGCAGAUGCAGGCAUUGCUACAGCUGAGACAAGAACAACACAAGAUAGAGAAGGAGAAGAAAUUCAACCACCUCACAGAGUCGUUUGAGAAACUAAAGGAGAUGGCUAAGGAAUGCCAAGCAGCCCAAGUCAAAAAACUCAGAGAGAUCUGUGACAAAGAGAAGAAAGAACUUCAGAAGAUCCUGGACAGGAAGAGACAGAACAGCAUCAUUGAGGCAAAGAAGGGUGACAGAGAAAAGGCUGAGUCAGAACUUAAUGAGAUCAACAGGAAACAUAUCUCAGAGUCUGUUAACCUGAUCCGCAGGUUGGACGAGGCUCAGGUGAGGCGACAGGAGCGGUUGAAGACGCGUCAGAGGGAGAUUCUUCAGCACAUUGAGGAGGAGCAGCCUUUGCAUCAGUCUCGUCUAGAGAAGGAGUGCGAGGCGGAGUUUCAGAGUUUGCCUGAGGAGAUCAGGCAGUACUUGCAGUUGGAGGCGGAGGGCAAAAGCCCACGCAGGAACGCCAGCUUCGGCAGACUGCCCAAUCACAACAGCCCCAGCUCGGGCCCCAACUCAAACUGCAGCACGCCCCCUUUGUCCUCGCCCAAUCACAGCUGGAGCCGGAGCAAGGACAGUAGCAUCACCUCCUUAGGAGACUCCUCCUCCUCUAGCACCCCAGUCACAUCUGAGGCUGAGCUUACAACAGCAUAA